CUUCUCAUUGCCAAACCAACCCAAGAACGCUCGCUCGAGCAUCCCACCGCGCAGACCGAACGCGCCAAGGAAGCAAACUCUGGUUCCCUUCUCCGGGCUGUCUCCUCUGUUUCAAGAAGCAGGGGAUUGGAUCCAUGGGCUUGGAGGAGGCAGGGAUGUUGGCGCCGGGGUGGUGGUCUACGUGGGGCUCGCUGGCCGUCGUCGUGACGGCGGCGUGCCUGCUCCUGCACGUGGCGGCGCGGGUGGCGGACGCGCUGUGGUGGCGGCCGCGGCGUCUGGAGGCGCACUUCGCGGCGCAGGGCGUGCGCGGCCCGCCGUACCGGUUCCUCUUCGGCUCCGUCCGCGAGAUGGUCGCGCUCAUGGUGGACGCCACCGCCAAGCCCAUGUCGCCGGCCACCUCCCACAACGCGCUCCCCCGGGUGCUCGCCUUCUACCACUACUGGAGAAAGAUCUACGGUCCCACGUUCCUGAUAUGGUUCGGGCCGACGCCGCGGCUGACGGUGGCGGAGCCGGAGCUGGUCCGCGAGAUCUUCCUGACGCGCGCGGAGGCGUUCGACCGGUACGAGGCGCACCCCAUCGUCCGGCAGCUGGAGGGCGACGGCCUCGUCAGCCUCCACGGCGACAAGUGGGCGCUCCACCGCCGCGUCCUCACCCCCGCUUUCUACCCCGACAACCUCAACCGGCUGGUCCCGCACGUCGGCAGGUCGGUGGCGGCUCUGGCGGAGAGGUGGCGCGCGAUGGCGUGCGCGAGCGGCGCCGGCGAGGUGGAGGUGGACGUGGCGGAGUGGUUCCAGGCGGUGACCGAGGAGGCCAUCACGCGCGCCACGUUCGGGCGCAGCUACGACUCCGGCCGCGUGGUGUUCCGCAUGCAGGGCCGCCUCAUGGCCUUCGCCUCCGAGGCCUUCCGCAAGGUGCUCGUCCCAGGAUACCGGUUCUUGCCGACGAAGAAGAACCGGAUGUCGUGGGGGCUGGACAGGGACAUCAGGCGCGGCCUGGUCCGGCUCAUCGGCCGGCGCAGCGACGCCGCCAACGAACACGAAACGAAGACGACGAGCAAGGGCCGCGACGGCGGCUUCAAGGACCUGCUGGGGCUGAUGAUCAAUGCCCGGGACAAGAAGUCGCAGCCGAUGCCGGUGCAGGACAUGGUGGAGGAGUGCAAGACCUUCUUCUUCGCCGGCAAGCAGACGACCACCAACCUUCUGACCUGGACCACCGUGCUCCUGGCCAUGCACCCCGAGUGGCAGGACCGCGCCCGGGAGGAGGUCGUCGCCGUCUGCGGCCCCGGCGAGCUCCCCACCAAGGAGCACCUCCACAGGCUGAAAACGCUGGGGAUGAUCCUGAACGAGACGCUGAGGCUGUACCCACCGGCGGUGGCCACCAUCCGCAGGGCCAAGGUGGACGUCACCCUGGGCGGCGGCGAGCUGGCGGUCCCGCGCGACACGGAGCUGCUGAUCCCGAUCAUGGCGAUGCACCACGACGCGAGGUUCUGGGGCGCCGACGCCGCGCAGUUCAACCCGGCCCGGUUCGCCGGCGGCGCCGCGCGGGCGGCGACGCACCCGCUGGCGUUCAUCCCGUUCGGGCUCGGGUCCCGGAUGUGCGUCGGCCAGAACCUCGCCAUCCUCGAGGCCAAGCUCACGCUCGCCGUCCUGCUCCAGCGGUUCCAGUUCAGGCCGUCGCCCAAGUACGUGCACGCGCCGACGGUGCUCAUGCUGCUCUACCCGCAGUACGGCGCGCCCGUGAUCUUCCGCCCCAUCGUUCCAUCGCCGCCGUCGGAUCCGACGACGACUCCGGCUAGCUAGCUAGUAGCUCGCCAACAACGAACUGUAGGGAGUAGGAAUUGACAGAAAUGACCCCCUGCCGUGCUGUGUGUACAUAUGGCUAGUGACACGGACGGAGCCACCACUAACAAAAAGCUUGUGAUUUGCUGCCAUGGCCUCUGCUUUUGGGGGUGGCAUGUUGCCGGAAACGCCCUCGUUAACUGACUAGAUCACCGGAGAGCAGUGAGACUUUACGAUUUGAUGGCACGGGACAGGAAAACAGCGGGGCCCGCCUCCGUUGCCCGGUCGCUUCCAUUUGUUCUCUUCUCCUUCCAUGGAUUCUGGCGGUGUGCUUUAUUUAUUCCGGCUAUUCUUUAAAGGAAAAAGAAACUCAAAAUGCAAAAA